UUGGUCCCCGGUGUCAUUUUUAAAACGAAAUGUAUGUUGCGCUCGUUGUGAUUGGUUACAGUUGAAAGUGCUCGAAAUUUGUAAUUGUUUGUAGCGUUGUUUUGAAGUGUUUGAGGAAAGUAUACGAACGAAGCUUUUAAAAGCUUUAUAUAUAAAUAAGCGGAUUCGUUAUUAUAAAAUGAUUAUAAAUUCAUCACCGUAGCGCUGUUUAAAUUACUUCACUAUCAAAAGAAUCCAAUAUGGAAUUAGAUAAUGCUGCAAAAUUUGAGGUAAUGACUUUCAGUCCCCCUGCACCAUUACCGAAAGAAGAAGAAGUAAUUGAAACGCCAACCAUUUUGUUGACUUAUUUUGGAACUGCAAUUCAUAUUUGUUUUGAUAAAGUGAAAAUUGGGACUACUAAAAUACGACAGGCAGUAAUUAAAAAUCCCAAUGAUACAAGUUUGGAAGUUAUGGUGAAGAAAUUUCCGUACUCUAAAGGGUUUUCUAUUAAUGUCCAAAAAUUCAUCUUGGAACAAGAUAAGGAGACUUGUUUAGAUAUAACUUGGGCUCCUACCGAAGAAGGAUGUUUUCGAGAGAUUGUCUUACUGCAAGCUAAUAACGGUUGUCAAAAACAGAUUAUAUUAUUAGGCACGGCCGUUACUCCAAAGAAGAAAAAGAAACAAGUAAAUGCUAGAAAACUAUCUGUAAAUUAUAAAAUACAACAUUAUAAACUACUUAAUACAGAAAUAAAAGUAGUUAAAACAAAUAAGAGAGACCAAACAACUGUUGGAGAUAAGAUUUCUAAUGUGAAAGAUUUCUUUUUAAAUUCAGAAAAUUGUGAAAAUGAUUCCAAUGGAAUAAAUGUAGAUGAUUUUUCGGGGAAAACGUUUGCUCGUCAGGAUGCCAAACAUCCUCUUCCAUCUACUCCUCUCAGGCGUCAGACUUACAUUUUAGGAAAUAGCUCUCCAGAAAAAAACUCUGAAGUGAACAUUAAUAUCUGUGAAGAUAAAACAGAUGUAACAGAGAAGAUGUCUUCAAAAAUAUCUUCUAAUACAAAUACUACUCAUAGGAAAAAGUAUCAUAAGAGAACUGGAUUAAAACAAAAGUAUAAGCUUUCACCUCUGCAAAGAAAUUUUUAUACAAAAACUACUUCAAAAACACCAGAGUCAAGACGUGAAACUUUUACAAAACAAUCAUUAUCACAACUGGAAGAUAGUUUAGAGUUUGAACCAAAUGAGCUGUUAGAUGAUUCUUUCAAUAUGCUAACAAAAUCAAAUACAAAACAUAAUGUUGAAGGAUACAAUAAUUUUGUGCCAAAUAAUUUAAUGGAUAAGUUUAUAUUAAAUGAACAGAAUUCUGGAAAAGUAAAUUUCUUUACUAAUAAAAAUUUUGUAGAAGGUAUUUACAAGGAAGGAAUGAAUGUAAUUUCUGAAGUGGAUGUAGACAAUGCAAACAAUCUCUAUAUUCAAGAUAAAAUGCUUUGCAAUCAAGAAAAAAUUGAACCAGAAUCUCCUGAAGAAAAUUCACAAGAAAAUGACUUUUAUGAUAGUAUUAAUGAAUCUUCAGAAAAAGAAAAUUCUCUUUCUAAGAAAUUGCAAACAGAAAAUGCGAGUGCAAAGUUACUGUCUCGAUUAAGUUCAGAUACAGUUGUGCUUAUGGAACCGUCAGUAUCACCGGAAAUAUUGCCUCAUUACAGUUCUGAAAAGAAAUUUCAUACGGAAACCUUAUCCAAAGAGAAAAUUUGUUCACAAGUACAGACAAAAGAAAAAGAAUUUAUUCCUUCUUCAUUUAUUUCAUAUAAUCCAACAUUAGCUGAUUCGACAUGUGACUUUAGUUUUUUGUCUGGUAAAUCUACAGAAAAUAAAUAUUGUAGUACUGGUAUUACAUCAAAAUUGCCACCACUUACCAUUAUGUCUGAUCAACUUUCAUGUGGAAAUCAGUUUUCAUUUCAUGAGUUUAAUAAUUUUCAUUUUUCAAACAUCGGCAUAGAAGAUCAAUUGAAUUCUAAAAUAGAAAAUACUAAUGAUCGAAAAGAACAUUUAGAAGAAAAAACAUAUAAUGAAUGUAUCCAGGAUGAAUAUCAAAAAGAAAUAAUUGAUUUUAACAACCAAGAAAAAGAUAAAUGUUCUGUUUUUACUAUUUCUCCUCCCGUUUUAUCUAAAAGUAAAUAUUCAAAACAAAGUUCAAUAGUUGGACACAUGAACAAGUUAUCAAAUACCAGAAGCAUAAAAUAUCCAUCUUUGAAGGCAAAUUUGAAGACAAAAAAUGGACAAAAGAAAGAUGACAACAAUAGUGAAUCAAAGCCUAUAAUGCCUCUAAGGAAGAAAUUUAAGGUUGCACAAUCGAAAUUAACUCUUAUUAAGCCAGUUCAAAUAGGAUCAUCUAGUAUUCGUCAUCCCAAUCCAUUUGCAGCAAAAAAUAUGUAUUAUGAUGAAAAAUGGAUGUUAAAACAGGAGUUUGGUUUUACCAGAUGGCUUAACUUUAUUCUUACCCCCCCUGAAGACUUAACUACAGAUGAUAUAAUAAAAGUUGAUGCAGCCAAAUUGUGGCAAGAGAAUAUGUACAAUGCUGCAGCAAAUCCAGCUCCCACCAAAGAGCAACUUUCUUUUAAAGCAUACACUGCUAUGAGACAGCUUAACAGAUUAAGACAUUCUGCCUGUUUGAUGUAUCAGUCACAACCUAUGGUCUUUGUCAUCACUCGCCUAGAAACUGAAAUUGAAAACAAUAAACUUGUUAUUAGAAAGGAUAAAGCUUUACAUGCAGAUAUAGGCAUAAGGAAAUAUAUUUUGAAGUUGCUCUUAGAUUAUAAUCCUCUGUGGCUGAGAAUUGGUUUAGAGACUGUUUUUGGUGAACUGAUACAUUUAAAUUCCAAUAAUGAUGUUUUGGGUUUAUCAAGAUUUAUAAUUCAAAGACUUCUUAAUAACCCAGAUAUAUCAUCAAAAUAUGCACAUCCUAAAGUCCCUCAUUUAUAUAAGCCUGGCUAUGAAGACGAACUUAAGAAGUUUACUCUGAAGAAGUUUUUAUUAUUAGUAUAUUUCCUGGAUAACGCAAAAUUAACUCGUUUGAUAGACCAUGAUCCGUGCCUGUUCUGUAAAAAUGCAAAAUAUAAAUCGAGUAGAGAUUUACUAUUAUCGUUUUCGAGAGAAUUUCUAAGUGGUGAAGGUGACAUCACCCGACAUCUUCGCUAUUUAGGUUAUUCUGUCAGUCAUGCCCAAACUGCUUUAGAAGAAUUUGAAUAUGCAGUGACUAAUUUGGCUGUUGAUCUACGUUGUGGAUUACGGCUUGCUCGAGUCAUCGAAUUAAUUUUAAAACAGUGGAGUCUUUCAAAAAAGCUUAGAGUUCCGGCAAUCAGUAGAUUACAGAAAAUUCAUAAUGUGGAAGUCUCCCUCGAGGCAUUGAAAGCUUCUGGUUUUAUUCUUUUAGGCGAUAUUGGUGCUCGUGAUAUAGUCGACGGGCACAGAGAAAAGACUCUUAGUUUAUUGUGGCAACUUAUAUUUAAAACACAGGUGGAAGUUAUUUUGAAUAAGGAAAAGUUGAAAGAAGAAAUAGUAUUUCUUCGUAAAAACUUCAGAGUCUGUCAUAAAUUAGCUUCCAUUAAAGAUUACAAUAGUAUAACCUCAUUUGAUGACAACACUCACAAAAAUGUUAGAGACAACAAGUUGUAUGCAGAAUCAGAAGUUUUGCAAUUAUUAUUGCAAUGGUGUCAAACUGUUUGCCUCUAUUAUAAUUUAAUGCAUCAUUCUGCAACCUGUCAGUCAUUUUGUGAAUCUCAAGGAACAAGGAAUCCCAAGGAAAACUUCUGCCACUUCAAUCAUACUACUUUUCAAAGUUUAAUUGCACUUUUAAGUCGAGUCAUCGAAUUAAUUUUAAAACAGUGGAGUCUUUCAAAAAAGCUUAGAGUUCCGGCAAUCAGUAGAUUACAGAAAAUUCAUAAUGUGGAAGUCUCCCUCGAGGCAUUGAAAGCUUCUGGUUUUAUUCUUUUAGGCGAUAUUGGUGCUCGUGAUAUAGUCGACGGGCACAGAGAAAAGACUCUUAGUUUAUUGUGGCAACUUAUAUUUAAAACACAGGUGGAAGUUAUUUUGAAUAAGGAAAAGUUGAAAGAAGAAAUAGUAUUUCUUCGUAAAAACUUCAGAGUCUGUCAUAAAUUAGCUUCCAUUAAAGAUUACAAUAGUAUAACCUCAUUUGAUGACAACACUCACAAAAAUGUUAGAGACAACAAGUUGUAUGCAGAAUCAGAAGUUUUGCAAUUAUUAUUGCAAUGGUGUCAAACUGUUUGCCUCUAUUAUAAUUUAAUGAUAGAAAAUUUUACUGUUUCUUUCUGUGAUGGAAGAGCUUUGUGUUAUUUGAUUCAUCAUUAUCAUCCUUGUCUGCUAAAAUCAGAAGAAAUUAAAUCAAAUACCACACAAACAUUUUGGGCUGAAGAAAAAACUGAACUGGAUGAUUCUUUUGAAAUUGCUUCUCGAACUUAUGAAAAUAAUAGAUCUAAAAAUGAAUAUAUAGAAGAAUUACUGAAUAAUGAGAGACUCAAUAUUAAGCUUGCCUUUGAUAAAAUUCAAGAACUUGGUGGUAUACCCAUCACUACUCAACCAAGUUAUGUUUCUAAUACAAUACCAGAUGAAAAAAUAAUGAUUACUUUAGUAGCAUAUUUGAAUAGUCGACUGAUGGACUUGAGUCAGGAAAUUCGUGCUGCUAGAAUUAUACAGCUUGCUUGGAGACGUAGGAAACUUCAAAAGCAAAUAAAACAAAGAGAGCUGGAAAGAAAAGCUGCUAUCAUUAUACAAAACUGUGUAAGAAAAUUUCUUGCCAAGAGAAAGAUGGAAAAACAACUAAGAUCUGCCCUCAUAAUACAAAAAAAUUGGCGAGGUUACAGAGCAAGGCGGCUGAUAAAUAAUAUACGAUUAGAGAAGAUAAAACAACACCAGGAGAAAAUGGCUAUAUUAAUACAGAAAACAUUUAGAGGAUAUUUAGCUAGGAAAAUGUUAGACAGAAAGAAAAGUGCUACCAUUUUGUUACAGGCACAUGUGCGUCGUUAUCUAGCCCAAAAAAAAUACAAGAAGAUAUAUAAAGCCAUACUCAGUAUACAGAAUUAUUUCCGUUCAUUACAACUUGCCAAACUAGAAAGAAAAAAGUAUUUACACUUAAAACAAUCUGUAAUUUUAAUUCAGAGCCAUUUCAAGAGGAUAAUUGAACAGAAAAGAUACAGGGGUCUAUACACUUCGGUAGUUAUUUUACAAUCAUAUACAAGGAUGUGGAUUGCUAGAUUAAAUUAUUUAAAGACAAAAACUGCCAUCAUUACAAUUCAGCAGAGAUAUCGGGCAAUUCUAAAAGGCAGGUUAGUCAGGGAGGAAUAUCUGUCAUUAAGAAAAGCUGCUGUAAAAAUUCAAAAUUGGUUUCGAGGCAUUAGAAUUAGAAGGGAAUAUUUAAAGAAAAAACAGGCUGCUAUAAUAAUACAAAAAUAUGUGAGACAAUACACAGCCCAAAAAACCUUUAAUAGGACCAAAAAAGUUGUUAUGAAUAUUCAGAGAAGAUGGAGGGCUACUUUGUUAAUGAGAAAAGAGAGAGAGAAAUACCUUAUUUAUAAAAAUAAAAUCAUUUUAGUGCAGUCAUAUGUAAGAAAAUGGGUUUGUCAACAACAAUGGAAAAAAAUUAGAAAAUCUGCUGUUAUUAUACAAGCAGCUUUUAAAGGUUUAAAAGCAAGAAAACAAUAUAACAAAACAAAAUGGGCAACAAUGGUUAUACAAAAAAGAUGGAAGGCAUAUCUGCUUGGAAAAAAAGAAAGAGAGAAUUAUAUUAAAAUUUACAGAGCUACCAUUCUUAUUCAAUCUUUAUUUCGAUGUUAUGUAGUGAGGAAAGAAUUUGUACAACAGAAGAUGGCUGUUGUUACAAUUCAAGCUUUUGUUCGCAUGUUUUUGACAAAGAAGCGAUAUUUAUCAUUAAAAUACUCUGUUAGUGUAAUAGAAAAAAUUCGAAUUGCUCAGGUACUUAGCAGAAAACAGAGAGAAACUUUCAUUAAAAUGAAAGAGUCUGCAAUAAUGAUUCAGUCAGUUUAUAGAGGUUACUAUCAGAGAAAAGUUUACCUACGAAAACGGCAAGCGGCAGUUAUACUACAGUCUUCAAUAAGAAGUUGGUUAGUACGACGCAGUUUUAAAAAAUUGCAUGCUGCAGCCAUUUCUAUUCAGAAAUUUUAUAGAUCUGUUUUACUGAUGAGAUGCCAGCGAGAAGAAUUUUUGAAAUUAAAAAAAUAUUCCAUUUUUAUUCAGUCUCAAUGGAAAUCUAAGAAAGUGCGAAAAGUUUAUAUUGAGAAAAAAUAUGCUGCUAUUACUAUUCAAAGACAAUAUAGAGCUAAAUUAAUUGGUAAGAAAGUGAGAGAGGAUUAUAUAAGAAAAAAGUCUGCCGUACUUACAAUUCAGUCAGCAUAUAGAGGUUUUGUGUGCAGAAAACAAUUUAGACAGUUGAAAGCUAUUAUCAUGAUUCAGUCUCAUGUUAGGAGAUAUUUAAUUCAGAAAAACUACAAAAAACUUUUGAGGUCUGCUGUUAAAAUUCAAUCGAUGGUACGCAUGUAUCAACAGAGAUCGAGAUAUUUAAAAGUGCUUAAUGCUGCAAUUACAUUACAACAACAUUUUCGCAUCAGAAGAGAAGCGCUGCAAAUGAGAAAUCAGUUCCUUUUAUUGCGUGCAUCUUCUAUUAAAUUACAAGCAUACAUAAGAAUGAGAAUACAGAGGAAACAAUAUAUAGCACAAAAAACAUCUUGUAUAAAAAUUCAAUCUUUGUGGAGAGGUUAUAGUUGUAGAAAAUUGAUUCAAAGAAUGAAUAUGUCAGCAGUUGUGAUACAAACAUAUUAUAGAGCAUAUUUAAAAGGCAAGGAAGAAAGGAAUAAGUAUGUGAAGAUUAAAAAUUCUACGAUUACUUUACAGUCUUGGUUUAGAAUGGUGCUAGUGCAUCAACAGUAUGUCAGACAGAAAAGUGCCUGCAUAUUGAUUCAAUCCUAUUUUCGAGCAUAUAUACAUAGAAAGGAAUUAUGUAAGAUGAAAAAGAGUGCGGUAAUUAUUCAACGGCAUUUUCGAGCAUACUAUUAUGGUAGGAAAGUACAUGAAAAUUAUAAAAAGACGAGGCUUUUGGUCAUUAAGAUACAGUCAACAGUUCGAAGAUUUAUUGCUAGGAAAAAAUUUCUGCAGCAUCAAGAAGCUGCAAUUAAAAUUCAAGCUUGGUAUAAGGGAAAGAAAGCUGUUCGAGAAUAUAGAAGAAUUUACAGUGCUGUUCUCAUUAUACAGAAAUGCUUCAGAAGAUUCCUGUUUGAAAAACAGCUGCAUCUUGAAUACCUUCAAAGGAAGAAAGCUGUGGGUAUAAUAGAAAGAGCAUAUAAGUCUUAUAAAGAGAGAAAAUUAAGAUAUUUAAUGGCCAUUAUCAAGAUUCAGUCUCUUAUUCGGAUGCGUCUGGUUCGAAAUAACUAUCUGAAGACAAAGAAAGCCUGUUUGAGAUUGCAGGCCAUUUAUCGCAUGAAACAAGAAAAGAAAAAAUAUUUGCAAACAAGAAAUGCUGUCAUUACAUUACAAAGAUAUUUUAAAGCUACAAUCAAGCGAAAUUUUCACAGGAAACGAUACUUAAUUAUGAAAAAGGCAUGUGUUGUUAUCCAGGCAUGGUGGCGACGAUGUUUACUGCAUAAACACAGGCAAAGACGGGAGAAUGCAGCAAAAGUAAUUCAGAGAAAGUUCAGAACACUAAAAACGAGAAGAGAAUUUUUAAAUUUAAGGAAAGCUUCAAUUAUUGUACAGAAAAGAUGGAAAGCAAUACUACUACAACGAACUUUAAAAGCAGAAUUUAUAAAGCAAUGGAAAGCUGCAAUAAUCAUCCAGAGAUUUUAUAUUAAAUACCAAAUUGUGAAAGAAAUUAAAACACUCUAUUCAACUUGUGUAUUGAGACCUACAGUUUCGUUUUUUCUUCUAGAAAUUCAUUAUUUGCGUGCAAAAGCUGCUGUGAAAAUACAAUCGUGGUAUAAAAUGAUUCUGUGCAAACGAUUAUUUGAUUGCAUGAAACGUCCUCCUCUGAAAAGUUUUGCUAAACUGUAUAUGCAAACAUCAGAUUUACAGUCAAAAGUUUUAUUUUAUAAGAACCUUAAUGCAGUUAUAAUUCAAUCUUGGUACAGAAGAUAUCAUCAAAAAAAAUGCUAUCUUGACGCAAGAAAGAAAAUUAUCAAAAUACAAUCUUGCUACCGUAGUUUUCGAGAGAGAAGACAUUAUCUGAGAAUUCGCAGUGCUGCAAUUUUGAUACAGCGGAGGUGGCGAAGUUAUAAAGCUGAACAGCAAAAAAUUAAAAAGAUAGAAGAAGCCAUUUUGCAUAUUCAGGCAUGGUAUCGAAGAAUUAAAAUGAAAAGACUGCAAGAAAAACAGGAACGAGAAUUACUAAUGGAGAUUUUAAAGAAAUGCUCCUUAACAAAUAUCGACAUUACUCAAGUGAAAGAAAACUGUUUGAGCAAUCUUCUCCAAAGUAGUUAUAAUUGUUAUACAGAUCUAAAAGAUAUCAGGUUGCCCGAAGCGAAACGUCAUGUGGCAUUGCACAGAUUUAUCUGCUGCGUUCACGUUCAUAUUUAUGCCAUUCGUAUUCAGAGAUGCUACAAACAUUAUAAAUGUAAAAAAUUAAUGGAAAUAAAAAUAAAUGCUGUAAUUGUAAUUCAACGUUAUUUUAAAGCCAAGCUUGCAAGAAUUCGGUAUCUGAAGUUACGUGAAAGUAUAAUUGCGUUUCAGAAAGCGGCCAGAAAUUACCUGGAAGUUAGGCAUCGUGCAGCCAUCACUAUACAGGCUGUCACAAGGUCGUGGUUAACGAGAAUGCAUCUGAAUAAACUUUACAGAUCUGCUACUACUAUACAGGCUGCUUGGAGAGGAUACAAACAAAGGUGCCUUAUCACCAACAAGAAAAUAAUUGAAGCAAGAUUGAGAGUAAAAUCUGCAACAGCCGCUGCGACAGAAGACAUGAAAUUAGUCAACAGAACCAAUUAUGCCUUGUAUCUUCUUUUAGGGAAACAGUCUCUAACUCACAUUUUAAGUACAUUAAUUAAUUUAGAUAAAACUAGUCAGCUUUCACCCAUUUGUUGUGAAAAAAUGACCGAAGGGAGAGCCUUGGAUGUUCUCAUGCAUAUUCUCCGUAACUGCAAUCGUAGUGUUCCCCAUAUGGAACUUAUUAAAUACACCAUAAAUAUCUUCUUAAAUUUGGCAAAAUAUUCUAAAACUGUGGAUGCCGUAUGGAACACCGAAGGAAUGCUAGAUACAAUUUUAGAAUUAAUGAAGAUUUACAGAGAAAAAGGAGCAGGUAUUUUCAGCAAACUCUGUACUUUAAUAUGGAUUUUAUGCCAGGAUCCAAAUAGAGCAAAGGUAAUUAAAGAAAAUAAACAAACUGUGGAUAAGAUUGCCUCGUUCCAUUAUCUCAUUAUGCGAAAGCAAAUGCUCAACAAGUCACAGCAGAAGAGUAAAGGCUCCGCAGCCUCUCUCUGCUCUUCGACGGUCCAUCGUUUGAACGGAUCCCAAGCUUUUCCGAGAACUUUACCGGAUUGGACUUGCAGCAAAAACCAGACGAGGGAAUUCGACGAUCCUCUGACGGCCAUAACAGCAAUUAUGAAGGUAAUCGGCAUUAAGAAAAAGGAAGGCAAACAGUGGGGAAACACGAGUCUCCAAACACUAAACUUUUGAACAGUGGACAAAAAUCAGUUUAGUAGUUUUAUAAUUGCUUAAAAUUUCCUCGAAUCUUGAUUAUUUUUCCAGUGUAAAAAAACAUUGUAAUUACAAAAUGAAAUUUGUAUUUUAAAUGCCUUUUUUUAAGUGAUAAUUUUGUUCAUUUUGUUCUCCAAAAAAAA